UGACAGCCCGCAUCGAUACGCGUUGCAACUCAUUUUACAAUUGACCAUGUUCGGCUCGAGCAACUCCAACAGCUUCUACCCGCCGUCGCCUGCGUUUCGCCAGCCCAAUUCAGCGGCGGUCACGCGGGUCUCCAGCAUGACAGCCGACCCUGCAGCCCGCCGCUGGGCCAGCGACAACGGCCUUGCGAUCAUGAACGUCUCGUGGGAAGACGCCGCGCGCAACAAGCACAGCGCCUACGGGCCCUGCAUCUCGGACAUGACGCUCGUCGUCGAGAACACGUGGAUGCCCGUGCUUCGCGUGCCCAACUUUUCAGAUUCCUUUUCUCAAUGUAGCAACGCAACACUCAACUCCAAUCUCUACGCUAGAUCCGAUCAUGAGCAUCCCAACGAGCAAGAUCAUGGUGACUGUCGGGAACGAGUCGCCCCACGACGUGCCAUUGACCAAGAUCUCGCUGCAAGAGUACCUCAGCAACAUCCACAAGUACACGGAGCUCGAGCGCAGCAUGUACGCGCCAGCGCACGACCACCAAGCCCUCGUGAGCACCCAAGCGUGCUUUUUGCCGAUCGAAGAGGCGACCGGGAAGGCCGAGUUCCACGUCGGUUUGACCAACUACCAAGCCCGCGAGAACGAUCCUGCCGUCCUCGUCCUCGUCUGCACCGACACUGGCACCAGUGCUCAAGUCAUGACGCAGCGCAGUGCGACCUUGUUUUGCAACAACAAGGGCAGCAAGCACACGUUUGUCGCGGAGCGGCUCUCGACCGACCGCGCCAAGCGGGGCGUUGCGACCACGGGGGCCAUGACGGAAGCCGAAGAGGCGCGCAACUACGUCAUGCUCGUCCAGAUCCCGCUCGAGCAAAAGCUGCAGCCAGCGUUUAGCUUUGGUGGCCCGACCACCGGCGGCUUCGGCGGCUUUGGCGCCUCCCCUACCCCGGGCGUUUUUGGCAGCGCGCCCUGUAUGGCUUUUGGGGCCACGCAACAAUGCAACAUGGCCGCGACCUCCUUUGGUAUGCCAGCCGCGCCGAGCUUUUCUUUUGGUGCUGCCGUUCCGUCGACGCCCAACGUCGAGGCCGCGAUGGUCGGCCUCAGCGACGCCAAGGGUCCGUUCCCGAAACUCAGCGCUUUCAGCCACGUCCGGCGCAACGCCAAGUACCCGAUCCGCGUCACGGUGCAGUUUUACCAAGCGACGAGCAACGGUGUCGUCUCGGCCGAGAUUAUCCAAGACCUCGCCAGCAAGAUGGACCACGUCAAGACCAACGCAACCUGGUGGGGCUCGCUCGUGACACCCGGCUCGCCGCCGCCGAUCUUCGGCAGCUCGAUCGUCCACCCCCACGCCGGCGUCAACUGCGACAUGUGCCGGUCCGAAGUCAUCACAGCGCUGCGCUACAAGUGCGCGUUCUGUGCCGACUAUGACGUCUGCGCCAACUGCAUUGAGCGCGCCGACACGCAGCACCCGCAUCCGUUUCUGCGCCUCACCAAGGCGUCACCGGCUUACGGCGCCAAGACGUACGCGGUCAUGAACCGAGCGACCGUGUCCCAUUACGUGGCAUGUUCGUCGUGCACGGCGAAUAUCGUGGGCGUGCUGUACCAGUGCACGCACUGCCCCAACGUCCGCUUGUGCGAAGUCUGCGAGGCGACGACGGGCCAUGGGGACUUCCAGCACCCGCUGAUCAAGAUCUUUCAGGCGGCAAUCUAAUCGCAGGUUGGAGCACUAUCUUUCUCGAUCCUAUAUAAGACGUUUUCCACUUG